AUGCACGCUGAAACGGUCUUGCGAAUGACCAUACACGGCCUGGAUGGUGAAGGGAACCCCCAGCACCUCUCCAUGAGCAAGAAGGAAAGGACCGGGACGUUCGCCAUGCAGGACGGGCUCAACGCCACCGCUGUGGUGGUGUACGACUAUGGCAAGUUGCUGGUCGGCUACAGGUCCUGGCGUCACCGUGCCUGCUACGUCACCCGUGUGGACCAGGACAACAUCCCAGGGCUGGACACCAUCACCGAGACUUUCCAGCACAGGCAGGCUGAGGUGAAGGAGGGCAAGGACAACGCCAUGGCCCUGGCUGACCGCUCCAUCCUGGGCACCACCAUUAACAUCCUCUGCAGCACCGUCCCCAUCUACUGGGCAUAG